AUGGACUCUUUAACACUUAACAAACCCAUCUUUAACUCUUUCUACUUCACUCCCGCAAAUCCAAGAACCAAACUUUUGUAUCCUAGCAACUUUUCAUUUUUCAAGUUAAGUCAUUUGAUCGAACUCAAAACCUCUCCAAUCUGUUUCUCUCAUAAAAACCCUUCAACUCAACAAAAGCCAAAACCAAGAAACAAUAGUAAUAGAACUUUUUUGUCAAACCCUUUGUGGGUUUCGGUCACUAUAUUGAAAAACAUCAAAGGCUUAGCUUCUUCACAGACAAAAAAGUGGGCUUCACGGUUACAAGCAUACAGUGAUGAAUCAGAGAAGACAAUGGGUAAAUACAGUGGGAAUUAUAUGCGAAAUGGAGCGUUCGGUUUGGCUUUAUUGAGUAUAACAUCGAAUGCGAAAGUAAAGAUUAGUCCUUUUGUGGCAACAUUAGCUGCAAACCCAACUUUUAUAUCGGGUUUGUUUGCUUGGUUUAUUGCACAGUCAAUGAAAGUGUUUUUGAAUUUCUUUGUGGAGAGGAAAUGGGAUUUGAGAGUACUGUUUGCCUCUGGAGGGAUGCCGUCUUCACACUCUGCUUUGUGUACUGCUCUGACAACAUCAGUUGCGUUUUGUCAUGGAGUGGCUGAUUCCUUAUUUCCAGUUUGUUUGGGGUUUAGUCUUAUUGUUAUGUAUGACGCAAUUGGGGUCAGGCGUCAUGCUGGGAUGCAGGCUGUGGUUCUUAAUAUGAUCGUCGAGGACCUCUUUCAAGGGCAUCCUAUCAGUCAAAGAAAGCUCAAGGAACUUCUUGGACAUACUCCAUCACAAGUUCUUGCUGGAGCUUUGCUUGGCAUUUUUGUAGCCUGUGUUUGUUGUCAAGGUUGCAUAGUUGUAACAUAA